CGUCAAAGUUUCCCGCAUCUGCAACAUCCCCGGAGGACGGAAAACCGGAGGGACAGCGGGGUCACCGAGACCUUCACGUGGUCCGGGCCGCAAGGGAGUUCAAGUGCCGGAGGCCCGGAAAAGGAUCGCGCUGGCCAGGAAGUUUUGCCCGGUGUCCCCGCAGCCUCGGCAGCGGCCCCACGGGGACUCGCCGCCCAUGGCCGCGUGGCCGCCGCACGGAGGCGGGUGAGGCGCGGGGACGCGCGCUCCGAGCCCGGGGGACGCGCGGGCGCGGCGCGGAGAUGGGCCCGCGAGCGCGGCGCGCGCUGCUCCUGCUGUUCCUGCCGUUCCUGCUGUUCCUGCUGCGGACCGGGGCUGCGCACCCGCGGCCGCCGCGGUCCCACUCCCUGAGCUACCUCUUCAUGGGCGCCUCAGUGCCAGACCUUGGGCUGCCCCUGUUCGAGGCCUUGGGCUACGUGGACGACCAGCUGUUCGUGUCCUACAAUCACGAGAGUCGCAGGGCAGAGCCCCGCGCCAAGUGGCUCGAGGAUGGGGCCCCCAGCCAGCUGUGGCUGCAGCUGAGUCAGAGCCUGAAAGGGUGGGAUCACAUGUUCAUCGUGGACUUCUGGACCAUCAUGGACAACCACAACCACAGCAAGGUAACAAAGCUCGGGGUGUCGUCAGAGUCCCACACGCUGCAAGUGAUCCUGGGCUGUGAGGUGCGAGAGGACAACAGCACCAGGGGCUUCUGGAAGUAUGGCUACGACGGGCAGAGCUACCUUGAAUUCCGCCCUGAGACGCUGGACUGGAGGGCAGCAGAGCCCAGGGCCUGGGCCACCAAGCUGGAGUGGGAAGUGAGCGCGAUUCGGGCCAAGCAGAACAGGGCCUACCUGGAGAGGGACUGUCCCAUGCAGCUGCAGAGUUUGCUGGCGCUGGGGACAGGGGUUCUGGACCGGCAAGUGCCUCCCUUGCUGAAGGUGACUCAUCAUGUGGCCUCUGCAGUGACCACUCUACGGUGUCAGGCUCUGAACUUCUACCCCCAGAACAUCACCAUGAGGUGGCUGAAGGACAGGCGGCCACUGGAGGCCAAGGACGUUGAGCCUCAGGACGUGCUGCCCAACGGGGACGGGACCUACCAGGGCUGGUUGGCCGUGGCCGUGCCUCCCGGGGAAGAGCACAGAUACACCUGCCUGGUGGAGCACCCGGGGCUAAACCAGCCCCUCGCGGCCACGUGGGAGCCGUCGGUGCCCAGCACCCUGGUCAUUGGAGCCAUCAGUGGGAUCGCUGUUUGUGUCAUCCUCUUUGUUAUUGGGGUUCUGUUCCGAAUCUUCAGGAAAAGGCAGGCUUCGAGAGGAGCCAUGGGGGACUACGUGUUGGCCGAAUGUGAGUGACAGGCAGCCUGGGACCUCUCGUGGGAGGAGACGUGGAGACUGAAAGAGAGGGCGCCCUGGGGCCUUCUUUGCUUCCAGGACUGAGUCGGACCUAACAAGUAGGAAGCCACCGAGGAACUCUCUGCUUGCGGCCUUCCCCGUUCAUUCUCGAAAAGUUUCUCUCAUUUAGGUUUUUGAGUUCCUGCGCCUCUCCGGAACCGGCUGUCAGGAAUCUCCAGCCGCCUCUAGGGUCUGCCUGAUUUUCUGCACCACUUCGGACUCCGUAUACCUAUGGCCUCUCCUCUCCCACCUCUAGAAUAGGGCUCCUAAAAUGUUGGGGGGCUCACAGUUCCUUUCAACAUCUGAGAAAAACCGUGAACUUUCCCCGUGGGACGUGGGAGUCUCAUACCCUUACCAGAAUUUUGCACACACAUCCCGGCAUUUUCUAGACCCAUCCAAGUUUCCUUUUGACCCCCCGCCCUCUCUGUUAUCCAGCAAUUCACCUGUCACCAAGCCCUGUGGUCUUUUCCACCAGAGGUUGAAGUGGGUCAUUGUACAGCCGUGAAGGCCGUGCACUGCACAACCCAAGGAGGCCCAUUUCCUAGAAGGGCUCUCAGGCGUGGAUGUUUGUGUCCUGUGAUAGUUUUCCAGAAAGUGGGUGGGAAGUGUCUGGACGAGGGGCAUCUUUUUUCUAAUUGGCAAAAAAGCGUCAUAUAGGUUUCUGUAUAGGAAUGAUUUACGUGAAGGCGUCUACGAUGCCUCUGGGAUAUGCCAGAGUUGAAGGAACACGGUAAUUUCCCACUUGGUCUCAGAUGCUAUGAAGUGAUAAUGAAAAUGAAAAUGAGGAGGAGGAGGAGGAGGAGGAGGAGGAAGAGAAUAAGGCGGCGGACUUACUUGCUGCCAGACUGAGUUCUGACGCGCGUUAUCUCAUACAAUUCUUACAAUAAUUGUUUCAUGUUAGUACUAUUAUCCUCAUAUUUUUUUAGAUGAAGUAAAUGUAUCCCCGGGCUGCCAGGGAGAAAGGCAGGUUUCA